GACCAGUUUAGUAGUACACACAUAAUCAUGGCAUGUCGCUGCAAAUAUCUUAAGCAGAUCCUAAAAAAAUGCUGCUAUUGCUACUCUCUGAGAUUCGGCGUUCUUCUCUUCGGCUGCAUCUUCCUAACCUGGUUUCUCUACAUAACCAUCGGCACUGGAUUCAUGAUGGAGUGCAUCUUCCCAGAUGAGUACCAGACUUCGGUUUUCCCAGCAGUUGCGGCCCUAAAAGCCACCAUGGUUUUCUCCUUCUUCGGAGUUAUUGCUUCUGCAAUGCUCUGCAUUGGAGUGCAUUAUAACAACGAGAUGCUUUUCUUACCCUUUUUGGGCCUCGCACCAAUUUGGAUAUUGGUUCAUAUUCUGGUCCUCACUGCCUAUUCCUUCAGUUGGAUGAUAAUUGUGCUGACAGUCAUCACAAUGUUUGUUUUGCUAUACGCCUGGUUUGUGGUGUGGUCCUACUACUUAGAACUGCUCUUCGCCUACGACGAUGAGUUGGAUUUUGGCUAUGUCUAACAUCUGAGAUUACGAAUGUCCAAUGAAGUCGGUUUUAUGGUUUUGCGCAAUAAAAUAUUUACAAAUUUUAGAGUA